CUGUUCAUUUUGGCUCAGAUCGGAACGCUCCCUAUGACCGAACUAGUGCACUAUAUAGUGCUGUUCGGAUACCCCAACGGCAAGUCUCAUUCCCUGUAUAGUGCACUAUAAAUUACCCGCAAGGAGACGUCUGCUGUCAACUGAUCGCCCCUGAUUUAUACAAGAUGGCGCAAGAGGGCAACUUUGUAUAUAAAUUGACAGACGAGGACACUGCGAAGUUAAUCAAACUGCGAGCAGCAAAUGAUGCUCUUUUCACCGGCAAGAGAAAUGCUGCUAAGUUUGGCUGGAGAGCAAUACUAAAGGAACUGGGCCUGCAGGGGAAGAUGAGGGCUGACCAGGCUGCGAAAAAGUGGGAGAACCUAAAGAAGAAAUACAAGGACCUAAAGUACCCCCCAGUGGGCCACGGUACACAGACUGCAGAGGUCACCUCCUCACCUUGGCAGUGGUUCCACCUCAUGAAUGAAGCUAUGGAGGGCAGGCUCGCUGGGAGUGCCCCGGUCCUGGCAGCCAUUUCGUGCAGCACUGACGAUGAAGACAUGUUUGCCAUGCCAAUCAGGAAGAUAAGGAAGGUGGAGGAAAAGAGCGAAAUUCUGGAUUUCUUGGCGGAUGCAGCACACGAGGCGAUAGUGACAGAUGAGAAAGAUGGACUGGUCAUGGAAAACGGCUUAAUAGAGAUGGACAGUGAGAAGCUGGCCCUUGAAAGAGAGAGGGUGGGAAUAGAGAGGGCAGGGUUAGAGGCAGAGAGGGCAGGUUUAGAGAGGGAGAGGGUGGGGCUUGACAGAGAACAAGCCAUCCUGGAUCGGGAACGUGCAGCACUGGAGAGGGAGAAGGCGGCACUGGAGAGAGAGAGCGCUGUAAUAGAACGGCAAAGAGCACAGCUGGAGAAAGCGCGAUCGGCAUUGGACAGGGACCGGGCCGCCCUGGAGCGGGACCGGGGUGCGCUGGAGAGGGACAGGGCUGAGCUACAACGGGACUUAGCAGCACUGAAGAGCAGCUCGGUGGAGGAGCAAAGCAGCACAGCUCCGACAGGUCUGGACAUGGAUUCUGGGAACAGGAGAGAAAGAUUCCUGGUCCUCUUUGAACAGCUCAUAAAGAAACUGUGAAAACAGAACAACGAAACUCCAGGUGUUGUUUUUAAUAUGUGAAAAGCGCAUAAGCAACUCACAGUAUGAGGAGUUGCGGAGUAUGAACACAUGCCGUUUCAGCCUGUGACUCUUUACUUGACAGACACUUGGCAGCCAUUGAAACAUGACUCUCCUACUUCACAUUAGUCUUUCAGCACCUGGCAACACUAGUUAAUCGACAAGUGAAAAGUGAAAGUCUGUUUACCUGCUGUAUUUAUUACAGGGAGGAGUUAAGACAGUCACUCAAAAACUAUUAUGUCCCAUUUAAUGAGGAAUUACAAAUGAAGAUUGAUGAGUUUUGUCUUUCUGCUGGAAACUUUUAAUCCAAAGUGACUCAUUAAAAACAUCACUCUGAUAAUUCCGGAUUGGCAUUUCGCUUUGGGGUAUGAAUGCGAGACCUUUCCCAGUUCAUGUAAGCACAAUGUUGGCAGCUUGCCCAGAUGAAAGUCAGCUGUUUCCCAGCUGGGAGGUGAACCCUGCAAGCGUUGUGUCUUUUAACCAGUGCACCACCAGUUUUAUACCGAAUUUGUAAUCAUGAAGUGGCGUUUCACCUUACACUCCAGUGUUGUGAGUGACCACUGCUCACUAAUAGUUCCCCUCUCUCUGACCACCGGCUGGUAGCGAAUUAUUCAGACGUGUAGAGACCACACAAACAAAGUAAUUGUUUAUUGACACCAUUCAUAUUGUAUAUUAUAUUAUACAGGCAUUUGUAGUGUUUUAAAAUAUUGUGCUGUAAUGUGUCAAAAUGCCACAUUAAAUGUUAAGAACAUCUCUGAAAAUAUUUUAUAUUUUGUGUAUAAAUGUGUCUUUUGCAUUGUGUUCACCUUUCAGGGACAUACUUCAAAUUCCACUUUCAUUUCGAUAUUCUACUGAAACCUACCCUUAUAAUGUCAUAUCACUAGUAAUGAAAGCCUGCUGUAGAUAGAAGACAUUUGAAAUGAAUACAAAAAAAUGUAUGAAAAAUAAAAGUGACCAAAAGUGA